GAAAACUUCGAGGGUAUCUAUAUGGAUCUCUCACGACAGCCCGGAAGGUGUCGUUUCAACGCCAGCGGGAUGGGAUGGAGACCUGUCGACGGCGAGAUGCGGAUGCUCGUCAACUCAGAGAUUGCUUCUGCACAGUGGUCACGAGCAGCGAAAGGCUACGAAGUGAAGAUCAUCACCCGGACCAUGGGAAUUGUGCAGUUGGACGGUUUUGAGCAGGAUGAUUUCGACCGCGUUAAGGCCGCUCUCAAAUCUUACUACAAGGUCAAUCUCGAGCACCGCGAGCACGCUCUAAAGGGAUGGAACUGGGGAAAGGCCGAGUUCUCUAAGCAAGAACUUCACUUCAACGUCGCCAACAAGCCCGCGUUCGAGAUUCCGUUCUCGGAGGUCUCCAACUCUAACCUUGCUGGUAAGAACGAGAUUGCGGUCGAGUUCGCCACAACUGAGAAUUUGGUGGGCGGUCGCACGAAGAAGAACACUGCUGCUGUGGACCAGCUCGUUGAGAUGCGAUUCUACGUUCCCGGCACUGCCAAGAGGGGUGAGGGUGAAGACGGUGCUAGUGACGCUGAAGGAGAGGAUAUGAGUGCUGCUACGCUGUUCUACGAUACCCUCAAGGAGAAGGCGGAUAUUGGAGAGAUUGCUGGAGAUACCUUUGCAACAUUCUUGGAUAUUCUCUUCCUUACGCCGAGAGGUCGCUACGAUAUCGACAUGUACGAGUCAUCCUUCCGUCUGCGUGGUAAGACGUAUGACUACAAGAUUCAAUUCGAGAACGUCAAGAAAUUUUUCUUGCUUCAGAAGCCCGACGAAGUCCACAGCUUGAUCGUGAUCGGACUCGAACCGCCGUUGAGACAGGGCCAGACCAAGUACCCGUUCUUGGUGAUGCAGUUCAAGAAGGAAGAGGAUAUGGACUUCGACCUGAACAUAGCUCCAGAAACCCUGAAAGAGAAGUACGGCGACCGGCUACAGAUGCACUACGAGAACCCCGCGUACCGAGUCGUCUCAGAUAUCUUCAAGGGCCUGACCGGCAAGAGGAUUACGAUUCCUUCCAAGGACUUCGUUAGCCAUCAUCAGCAAUCGGGGGUUAAGUGCUCCCUCAAAGCCAAUGAAGGGCACCUCUUCUUCCUGGACAAGGCGUUCUUGUUUGUCCCGAAGCCAGCUAAAUUUGUGCCUUUCGAGCGUGUCUCGCACGUUACUCUCUCGCGUGUCGGUGGAUCAGUGUCGGCUAGUAGGACAUUUGAUGUAACCGUCACCAUGAAGGGUGGUGAAGGAGAGUACCAGUUUAACAACAUCAAUCGCGAGGAGCAACCAUCGCUUGAGGAGUUUUUCAAAAUCAAGAACCUGAAAAUCAAAAACGAUUUGGUCGACGAUGCUAGUGCCCUCCUCGCCUCUGCCCUCGACGAUGACGAUAUGGACGAUGAAGACGUUGCUGCGGCUCGGGCUGAUCGUGGAUCCGCGGACGAAGAUGAGGAAUCCGUCGAUGAGGAUUUCCAGGCCGAUUCAGAAUCCGAUGUGGCCGAGGAAUAUGAUUCUGCCCACGAGAGCAGUGGAUCAGACGGUAGUGAGGCGGGCGGCGACGCUGGCGGCAAUGACGACGACGAUGAGGACAUGCAAGACGCACCU